CGUAAUGUUUCGUACUGUUUUACAGAUUAUAGUUGCCAGAUAAUUCUGUACAAUAAAGUAAAAAAAUUUUUUUUUCACUUAUUGAAAGAGCAAUGUUUAAAUUUAUGUUCAUUAAAACGUAACAUCAGUGAGUAGAAGACUUCGUGUAUAAACUCGAAGAACAAGAGCAUUUUAAAAAUGUCACAACCCAGUAGUUAUCAACAACAACAACAUAUAAAUGCUGGUAACCCAUUAAAAAGUGGGUCACUAUCAAUAAUUAACGGUCAAUCAUCUUCAGUUCAGCAUAAUCAAAAUGGCAGUCAACAUUAUAAUUCAACUGGCACUCCAUCAUCCCAAUCAUCACGAGAAACAUCUAGGGAUCCAUCACCAACGCAAUACUUUCCAAACCAAUAUCGCCCGCAGCCACGCAGACCACUAAUGCCACCAAUAAAUGGCCAACAAAUACCAUCAAACAACUCGCCAAUUCUCCAGCAACCACCAAUGGCUCCAAGGCCUUAUAUGUCUCCGGAUUCAACGCAUAGUGUAUUGAAUCCACCUAAUGUACUCCAAAAACCACCUGGGGGAGUUACUUAUCCACCUGGACCCAAACCUCCAACAGAAAUAAAUAAUUCAGUGCUAAAUUCGCCAACAAAUGAUCAGAAUACUUCUGGACAGACGAAGCCUGGUGGAGCUCCAGGACUAUCGACUCAAAUUUCAAGUAGUUCGAAUCAAUUCCCAAUCAAUUCUCCAAAUGUGCUUCCAUAUUCCACUGCAAAUCAAAGGACUAAUCAAGAUAACCAACAGUCACCAAUGAGUAAUCAGCAGAAUAAAAAUCCAAUGAUGUAUCCUAGCAUUCCAAUGAUGAAUUCCAGUUCUCAGAGUCUUUUCAAUAACAAUUUGAAUCAACAAAAUCAGCAGACAAAUCAACCACAAAGCCAACAACAUCAAUUAUUGAAUCAACAAACUAAUCAACCUCUAGCUAGAGAUGCUAAUUUGUAUGAAAAUCCAACUAAUGCUCAAGUUUUACGUCCACCACUGCCACCACAAAGUUCAAACAACCAACCCCCAUAUGGAAGUCAAAUCAAUCAGAAUUUAGGAUCGAAUACGUAUCAACCUGGAUCAAAUCAGAAUAUUUAUACCAACCAGAGCUUGCCUCCACGAAAUAGGUAUCCAGCGUAUGAUGGAAUGCCACCAAAUCCUUCUCAUCCACCAAUGCCAUCUAAUCUCACAGCUCCAGGCAUUCCUGGUGGCAUCAAAGACGCGGGCGUUAAUUCUGGAAUACCUAGAAUGCCUGCUGGACCACCUCCAUUACCCGGACAACAAAUGCAAAACUCGUAUGAUAGUAGACCACCUUUUAUGGGUCAAAUGUCAAAUGUACCAUUGGAUAAUAUGCCACGAAGAUACCCAGGCCAUUAUCCCAAUGAUAUGAAUCAAUUAAAUACUCAGAUGGGGAAUUUAAGUGUGACUAAAAGUGGAUUUAACGACCUGUGGGGUCAUCAGUCAGUGGACUUGUUGCAAUGUAGAAAUGUUUUACCUGCGGAGAAAGUGGAACCACCGAAAAUAAAAUUGCAACAAGAGUUUUUAGAUACUAUUAACUGUAGUCCUGACAUCUUUCGGUGUACUCUAACGAAGGUUCCUGAGUCAAAUUCGCUCUUACAGAAGUCAAGAUUACCAUUGGGAAUUUUAAUACAUCCAUUCAAAGAUUUAAAUCAUUUACCACUGAUUCAGUGUAGCACAAUAGUACGUUGUCGCGCGUGUCGUACUUAUAUAAAUCCUUUCGUCUACUUUGUCGACUCCAAACGAUGGAAAUGUAAUUUAUGCUACCGCGUUAAUGAACUUCCGGAUGAAUUUCAAUUCGAUCCCGUCACCAAGUCCUAUGGAGAUCCGACGCGACGACCCGAGGUCAAAACCAGCACCAUAGAGUUCAUAGCUCCAAGCGAAUACAUGCUCCGUCCGCCACAACCAGCUGUUUAUUUAUUCAUUCUGGAUGUCUCAAGACUUGCUGUUGAAAGCGGAUAUCUAAAUAUUGUUUGUAAUACAAUAUCCGAAGAAUUGUCUAAAUUGCCUGGAGAUAGUAGAACACAAGUGGGUUUCCUGGCUAUUGAUUCAGCUGUACACUUUUUCAGUAUGCCUGAUAACGUUUCUCAACCGCACGAGCUUAUUAUGCUCGAUGUUGAUGAUGUAUUUUUACCAUGCCCAGAUAACUUGAUUGUUAAUUUAAAAGAAAGAGAAGAAUUAGUGAGAGAUUUAUUAGGGCAAUUGCCUUCAAAAUUCAGUGGAACUCAUGACACUUGUAAUGCUCUCGGAGCAGGAUUACAAGCUGCAUAUAAAGUGAUGACCGCUACAGGUGGAAGAAUAACGGUAUUCCAAACAUGUUUGCCAAAUGUAGGUCCAGGAGCUCUUCAGCCCCGAGAAGAUCCCAACACUCGUGCUAGUAAAGAUGUUCCACAUUUAAAUCCAGCGACUGAUUUCUACAAACGUUUAGCGCUGGACUGUAGUGGUCAACAAAUUGCAGUUGAUUUGUUUCUGUUGAAUAGUCAAUACUGCGAUUUAGCAACUAUUUCUGGGAUAUGCAAAUUCUCUGGUGGCUGUAUACAUCAUUUGCCUCUCUUCCGCAUCAAUAAACCUACCCACAAAGAAACACUAGAAAGAAUCUUACGACGUUAUUUAACACGAAAGAUUGGCUUCGAAGCUGUGAUGAGAAUAAGGUGCACGCGUGGAUUAAGUAUUCAUACAUUCCACGGUAAUUUCUUCGUCAGAUCAACCGAUUUAUUGAGUUUGCCUAAUAUCAAUCCGGAUGCUGGCUUUGGAAUGCAAGUAGCUAUUGAGGAAAAUUUAUCUGAUAUACAGAGUGUUUGUUUCCAAGCUGCUUUGCUCUACACUUCGAGUAAAGGUGAAAGACGUAUCAGAGUUCAUACGCUCUGUUUACCAGUUUCUGGUAGUUUAACUGACAUUCUAUUUUCUGCUGAUCAGCAAGCAAUCAUUGGACUAGUUUCUAAAAUGGCUGUUGACAGAUCACAGCAAUCAUCACUGUCCGACGCAAGGGAUGCGUUAAUUAAUGUAGCAAUUGAUGCUCUCUCAGCAUAUAAAUUAGCGCAAUCCGCCAUGGAUAGUGGAUUAAUGGCACCAGUCAAUCUAAAAUUAUUGCCUCUAUAUAUUGUAGCCUUAUUGAAAAAUGUGGCCUUUCGAUCUGGCACUAGUACACGACUGGACGAUCGCGUAUACACAAUGUGUCAAAUGAAAACACUACCAUUAUCUCAAUUAAUGUUAACAAUAUAUCCGGACUUAUAUCCAAUCCAUGCGCUAGAUGAUCAGAACGUAAAGGAAAUUGAAGGCAGAUUAUGUCCGCAACCACCAAGAUUACAUUUGUCGGCGGAAAAGCUUGAUUUCAGAGGUGCAUUUUUGAUGGAUGCUGGUGAUAGGAUAUUCAUUUAUAUCGGGAAAAAUAUUGAUCCGAUGUUUUGUAACAAUGUUCUUGGUGUUCCUUCUUAUUCCGCGAUACCCGAAGAGAUGUACGAACUACCGGAACUCAACACGCCAGAAAGUGAAAGACUACGAAUGUUUUUGUUUAUGCUGCAAGAAGAGAAACCGUAUUAUGCUACUCUACAAAUAAUAAGGGAAGAUAAACCCUGCAGGAGCCUAUUUAUCGAGCGUCUCAUUGAAGACAGAACGGAAGCUGCAUUAAGUUACUUCGAAUUUUUACAACAUCUAAAAACGCAAGUAAAGUAGUAGUAAAAUAUGAAUAUAACAAAUAAUAUUAUAUAUAAAUAAAUAAACAAAUAUGAACAAUAAUAAAAAUAAUUGAGAGUCUUUGAACUAUUGAAAUUAAAAAAAAAAAACAAUAAAUAUGCGUGAGUGAUAAAAAAAAUUAUUGAAUCGAGAAAAAUAUGAUAAAAUCAUCAAGGAAUGAAUAAAAACCUGGUGAUUUGGAGAAUAUUAUAAAGAAAGAUAAAUUACUAAACACUAAUGGUUAAUUAUUAGUAGAAACAAUGGGCGCAUAUUAAGGAAUUAAAAUGAAUUAAUAAAAUAUAAAUUGAUAAAUAAAUAAUUUAAAAAAAACAUUUAUGUAUAUUUAAAAAAAAGCUGACCAAAUCGUUGCAACUGUAGUUAUUGUGUUUAUAUUUAAUUGAAUAAUAAUGAUGAUAAUAAUGGUAGUAGUUCAUUGUUAUUAUUCAUUUAUGAUAAUUAAAUUUAAUUUUUAUUAUUUUAGUUAUCGUCAUCAUUGAUUAUUAUUGAUUGAUAUUAAUUAUUAUUUUUAGCUUCUAUUUUUUUGAGUGGUUGUUUUAAAUUAUCUUGAUGAUUUAUUAGGGUUUAUUAGGGAGUAAAGUAAAUUAGCGAUUAAAAUAUGCCAUAAUGAAUGCUUGGGAGUGUUUAUCAAAGACAUACGUGUAUGUUAUACGAUGAUAUGUGUAUGUAUGUAUUCAUAGUGUAUGAGUUAAGUGAGAGAAAUGAUAAUUUUCAGUAAAUAAUUCAUGUUAUCACUUUAA